ACGGCUGACUGCACUUCACCGCCAGCAAAACUUUUUUGCCCAACACCAAAACCGAUUCACAGUCGAUUAGACCAGAGGCGUUGGUAUCAAAAACACAUUGUCGGAAGAGGACAGAAGAGGACGACGAAUCUCCAUGCCAGCUGAGGAGGGGGUGCAGUUGCAGAAACCAUUGACCAGUAGUUGGUCUAGUGAGCAGGGACUGGAUGCACCUGCAAUUUUGUGCAACAACAUGUGUGCUGCAAAGGAUGAAGCCAGUGACAACGAAAACAGCAAUAAAGAAAUCAUCAAUCCACAAACAACUUUCAAGCGAUAUGAUAGAAACAUAAUGACAGAAGCGGCGGCGGGCCCACUGUUGUGUUUUUUGCUGAAUGUUUCCUCCACCACCUGCCUCUACUGCCUCAAGAGUGAGAAUGAUACAGAGUACAUCUUCUCUGUGUAA